UGUGUGUGUGUGUGUGAAGGAUACAAGCCGCUCUCUCAACCCACUAACACACACUCUCCCGUUAUUCCAGCUCGCUGUAGGGGAUAUUCGUCUCUACCUGUCCGGGUUGCACACCUGAGCAGACUCACCUGUCCGACCGAAAAGACUUCUCGUCCCCUCUUUGUUGAUUUGGAUUCAAAGCUGUGGAAAAAAAAAUAGGUUGAGAGAAAGGUGCGCGAGGCAACAACGACAAAAUAGAAGGAGAUAAAAGCUGUGCGCCGCCUGCGAAACGUUAAGAAAGGUGCAAGGAGGAAGGAGAAGAGGGGACCGACACCUUCCAUUUUCUUCUGCCACUUUGGACUUCCCUGCUUUUGUAACUUUUUUGUGGACUUUACGUCGUGGAUAAUCGACUUCUCCGAAUACCUACAAAUAAAAGCCCUGCGUGUUAAUUAAGCAUGCCGAGGGCCUUUCUGGUAAAAAAGGCGAAUGUUUCGCCGGGAAAGCGGAACUGGAGCGAGCUGCCUGAUCAUGAGCGAGGGGACGUCUACAUCCCAGUCUCCAUCUUCCCUCCGACCGCCCUGGUGAUGGAGGCCGAGGCCAGCCUGGCCGAGACGACGCCGCUCUGCCUCUCCAAGCGCUGCGUCUCCGACACGCAGACACGCGCCGAGCUGCCGUCCAGCACGAUGCUGGGCCGCCCGCAGAGCCCGGCGCCGGCGCCAGAGGAGAGGUCCGACGUCAGGAGGAGCUCGCAGGGCAGCGCCACGUACGUCCGCUCCAAAAUCAAGGUGACUACAGGCGAGUUACCGCCCGAUCCGUCUCUUCUUCCCUUCUCUCUUCCUCCCGUUGCCGCGGCUCCGGCUCCGGCUCCGGCUCCGGCUCCAAACGCCACUGUGAUGCCAGUUGCCUUGACGACAAGCCCCGACCCCAGGGAAGCGGUCCCCAUGGUGACCAGAUCCGCAGGUCACAGUCAGAGAUCGCUAUCGGCGGUGACAGCGGCGUUUGUGUGCCAGGUUUGCCAGAAGACCUUCCAGUACCAGCGAAUGUUGAACAGACAUCUCAAGUGUCACAACGACACCAAGAGACACCCGUGCAGCUUCUGCGGAAAAGGCUUCAACGACACCUUCGACCUAAAGAGACACGUACGCACGCACACAGGAGUCCGUCCCUACAAGUGCACGCUCUGCGAAAAGGCCUUCACCCAGCGCUGCUCCCUGGAGUCCCACAUGAAGAAGAUCCACAGCAUCACGCAGAAGUACGCCUACAAGGAGCGGCGCAACAAGCUGUACGUCUGCGAGGAGUGCGGCCUCACGUCGGGGUCCCAGGAGGAGCUGGUGAUCCACCUCCACUCGCUGCACCCCGACAGCGCGCUGCUGAAGGGGAAGGCCGCGAGGAGGGCCGGCGGAGAGUCGUCCCCAAGCUCCGCCCACGGGGCCGAAAGUGAUGAUACCACUGGAUCGGUAGCAUUUUCAAAGCAAGACUUAUACCUGUAA